AUUAUAUAAAGCAUGAAUCAAUGCAUAAGAUGAAUCAGAAAGCAGUUGGUGAGUUGUGAAAAGGUGAAGAUUCAUCAUCUUCCUGAAACAGUUUCACCAUAGCAGAUUAGGCAUGACUUGAUGCGACUCGGAAAUCAACUUCCAUUCUUCUGUGCUCUUGAACAACUUUACAACCUCAGGGUAAUAAUUAAUAGAGACUAGGUACCAAUGAACAACGUCCAGAGACAUACCCCACUAAAUGUUUUAGAGAAUCAAUGGACGGAGAUUCUUAACAAUGUUAACCUUCCAGCCGAGGAUGACUUUCCUAUGAAAUGCAUUUAUAGGGUACCACAAAGAAUUCGUCAAACAAAUCCCAGAGCUUACACACCUCAAAUUGUUUCACUUGGCCCUUAUCAUUACAACCGUUUAGAGGCAAUGAAAAAUUUUAAACUGAAAUAUGUCAAGGGAUUCCUAAAUCGAACAGAACUACGUAUCAGUGAAUUGCUAGCCAAAAUUGAAGAGACUCAAAACAACAAUAAUACUCGAAGUUGGUAUGCAGAGCCUGUUAAUAUUAAUGGUGAUGAUUUCUUCGACAUGAUUUUACUUGAUGCUUGCUUCAUUGUUGAGCUUUUCGUAAGAAAGUAUGAAGACAUUAAUUUUCAGAUAAAAGACCCUUUAGAGUUAGAACCAUGGAUGAUGCUGCAGAUUAGGCAUGACUUGAUACGACUGGAAAAUCAACUUCCAUUCGCUACGCUUGAACAUCUUUACCACACUGUUAAGGACUCUGCUAGUCAGCGAUCAUUGCCCUCCUUUGCUGAUAUUUGUUUCAACUAUUUGAACAGACCAACUUUUAGAUGCGUGAACCCAAACAAGAAUCCAGAACACUUCACUGAUUUGUUAAAAUCUUCUAUACUAUCAUCAUCGUUACCAGAACAUGGUCUGGGAGAAGAGGGAGCAGGCAAUGAAGUUAUUCAUGUAUACAGUGUAAGCCAACUAAUGAAGGCAGGUCUUAAGUUCACAGCCAGUCCAAAUGACUGCUUACUUGACUUGAAAUUAUCUAACGGAGUGUUGAGCAUGCCAGUCUUGAAUGUAAAUGCCAGUACAGAUCUUUAUUUCAGGAAUAUGGUGGCAUAUGAACAUUGCCACGAUUUGGCUACAAAAAUCAUUACUCAAUAUGUAGUGAUCCUAAAAUUUCUUAUCAUUACUGAAAAUGAUGUGAACAUACUUGUUGACAAGAAAAUUAUUGUCAAUUGGGUAGGUGAUGCUAACAAUGUGGUUACAAUUAUUAGUAAUCUGAGCUCAGGUGUCAGUAUGCCAAAUUUUUGUAGACACUAUUUCACCAUCUGCAGUGGCUUAAAUAAUUUCUAUGAAAAUCCUCGCAACGAGUUAAAGGCUCUCAUCAAACACGAGUACUUCAGCAAUCCUGUGAAAAAGGCAUCUUCUAUUGUUGCACUUGUGCUACUUUUGUUCACGUCCAUUCAGACUGCAUGUUCAUUCAUUUCAGUAAUCAUUCGUGGUAAUUAAAGAGAAGAUUCAUUAAAUAAGCAACAAGGAAUUCAGUUGGUUAUGAAUAUUGUAUUUGAGUGUCUCAGUCUAAGGAAAACUUUGUGAUGUUAUUUGCUGUUGUUGCUUUUCUUUUGAUGAAAAUUCAACUUGUUUUCCGUUUUCUCUAUUUGGAUUUCAGUAAGGGAAACUUUGUAAUGUUGUUUACUGUGUUGUUGCUUUUCUUUCAACGAAGAUUCAACUGUUUUCUCUAUUUGGAUUUCAAUAUAAGGAAGUUGUGAUGCUA